GCAUCCAUUUUGAAUCCUUUUCCUUCAAGGAAAACGUGAGGGUUGUGAACGUGGCAGAUUCGAAAAAUAUCCCAAAUUACUGGAAUUUUCUUAUAUUUAUGUUUAGGAAAACUCGAUAAUAAACCGAAGAGAUGGCUCGAUACGGUCAGAGACCGGAAAAUGCUCUUAAAAGGGCUAAUGAAUUCAUUGGAGUUGGAAAGCCGGCUAGAGCUUUGGAUACUUUACAAGAAGUGUUCAGGAAUAAGAAAUGGGCGUACAAUUGGUCAGAGUCGGUUUUGGAACCGAUUAUGUUCAGAUAUUUGGAACUAUGUGUGGAUCUCAAAAAGUCACAUAUAGCGAAAGAAGGUCUCUUCCAAUACAGGAACUUAUUUCAGUCCGUAAAUGUCGGCUCCUUGGAAAAUGUCAUUCGGGGCUACUUGCGUAUGGCCGAAGAAAGAACUGAAAAUGCUAGGGAGCAGUCAGCACAAGCUGUCAUUGAUAUCGAUGACUUGGAUAACUUAGCUACACCAGAAAGUAUACUGUUGAGUGCUGUUUCUGGUGAAGAUGCCCAAGAUCGUUCAGAUCGAACCAUUUUGACACCAUGGGUUAAAUUUUUAUGGGAAUCUUAUUGCCAAUGUCUGGAGUUGCUAAGAACAAAUGCUCAUGUGGAAAAUUUAUACCACGAUAUUGCAAGGAUGGCUUUUCAAUUUUGCCUUAAAUACAAUAGAAAAACUGAGUUUAGAAAGUUAUGUGAUAAGCUAAGGAAGCAUUUAGAUGAUAUUUGUAAACUACCUACUCAGGUCUCAAACGUCAGCAUUUCAAAACCAGAGACUCAGCAAUUAAACUUGGAAACAAGACUGCAUCAGUUGGAUUACGCUAUUCAGAUGGAAUUAUGGCAGGAAGCAUAUAAAGCUAUAGAGGAUAUCCAUAAUCUGAUGAACAUUUCUAAGAAGAUGCCAGUACCGAAAACAAUGGCUAAUUACUAUCAAAAAUUGGCAAUGGUUUUCUGGAAAGCUGGAAAUUACCUCUUUCAUGCUGCUGCAUUGAUCAAACUCUUCCAAUUAUCGAAGGAAAUGAAGAAAAAUAUCACUCCUGAAGAAUUGCAAAGGAUGGCAUGCAGAGUUCUCUUAGCUACAUUAUCGAUACCCCUUCCAUCAGCGCACCCUGAAUUUGAUAGAUUUAUCGAAACUGAUAAGUCACCUCUAGAAAAAGCUCAGAAAUUGGGUGUUUUACUUGGACUCUUCCAACCCCCUACCAGGGCAAGCUUGUUGAAAGAUUUAGUUCGCGUGAAUGUUGUUGCCCUUGCUACUACCCAACUUCAAGAUCUUUACAAUUGGUUAGAGGUGGAGUUCCAUCCUUUACUUCUUUGCACAAGAGUGCAGACUGUGAUCAAAUCCAUAUCGCAAGAAGAAAACACACAACUGCAGCAGUACAUCCAACCAUUGCAAGACGUUACUUUGGUGAGGCUAGUGAGACAAGUAGCCCAGGUUUAUCAGACGAUUGAAUUUGAUCGUUUGAUUGAACUGUCAAAAUUCAGCAACGCUUUCCACAUGGAGAGAUUGCUGGUUAAUUGCGUGCGUUACAACGAUAUGCAGAUUCGUAUCGAUCACGGCAAGAGAUGUGUCCACUUCGGUAUAGAUCUCAGCGAGAGUCAGCGUGAGGAGAAACCUGAAGGGCCAACACUCCAAGUUAUGCCCAGUGAACAGAUAAGAAACCAGUUGGUCAACAUGUCUAUCGUUCUUCACCAAGCCAUGGGCGUCAUCAAUCCUGAACGCAAGAAAAGCGAGAGAGAUCACAUGCGCAGUAUUAUGGUACAGAAUUACCAUGAAAAUAAGGUCAGACAGCACCAGAAGAUCUUGCAACGUCAUAAGAUCAUCGAAGAUCGCAAGGAAUACAUAGAACGUCUGAACACCGUAAGGGAGGAAGAGGAACAACGUAGAUUAGAGGAGAUUCAGAGGCAGAAUCAAUUGGCCGAGAAGAAACGUUUGGAACUCGAAAGGGAGGAGAGAGAGAAGAAACGGGCCAUGAAUGAGUACCAACAAAUUAAAGACAGACAUUUGAAGGAAAAGCUGAUGCAAAUCAGUCAAACCGGUCAUGGACAGAAGAUGCUUAAGAAAAUGGACGAAGAGGAUAUCAAGAAAUUGGAUGCUGAUCAAAUUGCGGCCAAAGAGGCCGAAGAACUUCAGAAGGAGAGACGAGAAUUGCAGGCCAAAUUGAAGUCUCAGGAGAAAAAGGUGGAUUACUUCGAGAGGGCCAAACGUCUAGAAGAAAUACCCUUGCUGCUGGCUUCUAUAAAAGAGAAGCAACACCAAGAUCAGAGUUUCUGGCAACAACAAGAGAAAGAGAGGGUUGCUUUGGCUAUCGAGGAAAGGAAAUUGGCCGUGGAGACCAGAGACAGACUUGCCAGAAUGAAACCUGACAAGGAUGCCUUCCUAGAAAAACUGAAGAAGGAGAGAAACAUCGUGUACGAGGAUAAACUGAAGGAGUUCGAGACCAUGCUGGCUCAAGAACGCAAGAAGCGUCUCCAGAAGAGGAAAGUGGAACGCAAAGAGGACAGACGUAUCCAGUGGCUGAAAGAGAAGGAAAAAUACGAACAGAAGAAACGGGAAGAACAGAGAAGGAAGGAGGAAGAGGAGCGACAGAGGUUGGAGGAGCUGGCUCGUAAAGAGCAAGAAGAAAGGGAAAAGUUGGAGAAGGCGGAGAAAACGAGGAAGAAGAAAGAGAUGGAGGAGAUGUUGGAAAGAACCGCCGCCAAGCAGAGGGCGCGUGAGGAGGAGAUUGAGAGGAAGUUGAGGGCCGAUCGGGAACAAUUGUCCCAGCAAGUCAAGGAAACGACCGAAACGAGUUCCUCAUGGAGACGUGGCGAUCCGAAACCGGCGUCUACUGAUUCGGGUGUUUACAGACCCAAAUUCACCAGAAGCGAAGAUGCCCCAUCCCGUUCAUCAGAAGCUCCAUCUUCUGGAUGGAGGAAUCAGAGAGGCCCGCCACCAAAGAGGUUGGAUGAUGGUAGGAGCGAGCCAAAACGCGAAGAACGCCCAAGGAGAGAUUUCCGCAGAACCGACGAUAAAGAGGAAGGAGGCCGGGGCAGUUUCCGUCGUUCAGACGACACCAAGGAGGAAGGGGGCCGCGGCGGCUUCCGAAGACCCGAAGACGGCAGGGACGAAGGAAGCCGCUCCGGCGGUUUCCGUCGAACCGACGAGAACAGGGAAGAUGGAGGAGGCCGAGGCGGUUUCCGAAGGACCGAAGACAGCAGGGAAGAGGGGGGCCGUGGGGGCGGCGGCGUAUGGAGAACCGGACCGCCCGACAGGCGCAGGGAGGAUAGGGAGCCCCGCGAUAGGGAUUUCCGCGACAGGGACGAAGGUCCGAAGGACGCGAGCUCCUGGAGGCACAACCGCAGGACGGACGACGACCAGGCGGCCCCAUCCGCUUAUCGCCCGCUCGGCAGGUCGAUGAACAGGGACAGAGACGGACCUAGGAACAACGGAGGGGAUGCGCCCCCCAAGGAACGCGAUAACUCCGAUUGGAGGAACGGCAGGAAGGCCGGUGGCGGCGAUGAUCAGACCAAGAGAAGCGGGCCUGAGGAAAAGGAGGCUCCUCCUAAAGAAAAAGCUCGUGAGCAACCAGAGAAGACGCAAGAAGAUGCAGAUGGUUGGUCCAGGGUGCAAAAACGUCGUUGAAAUUCAACUGAUAUUUAUCUCUAUUAUAUACCUAAUAUAUUCAUUCAAUGUUCAUUUUAUUAGGCGAAAAAUGGAAUUAUAAUUUUUUUUCAACGAUUUGAAUAAAACUUAUAAUUGUGAAUGCUUUUUGUGCAAAUCUGUAAAUUCUUGUGAUUUAAUGUUGGAAUGGGUAUUUUAAACAAUAAACUAUUAUGUACCAUGA